AUGUGGAAUGCGCUUAGUCGCCUCGAAGCGCCGACGCUAGUGGGGUCGAACAGAGCUGACCUGUCAGCUGUCGUCGCUCCUUCGAGUGCCGGUGAGGAGGCGUUAGCUGUUUCAGGAGCGCGCAUCACUGCCGCCACCGCCCUGAACAGAGCUGCGGUUACGACAGAACGGUCCGGUGCUCGUGGGGAACCCACGACACAGGCUGAGGGAGCCAAAUGUGGUGGUACUUUGGCAGAGUGGGAGGCGUUUUUGGUGUGUCAGCUUGACAAUGCGUUCUACCGUGGGGCGGCACUGCUGCCUGGGUUUCCUGUGCUGCGACGCGAACUGCGUACCACACCUCACGUGGUGGACGUCGAUUUGUGGAACUCGUACUGGUCUGCGUUUUCCGACCGCUUUGCUGCCCACAUCGAUAACGUGCAGGCAUGCCUGCGUGGUCAUGCUGGAGAAGGCGAGCAGCGACGCGUUCUUGUUGCGGCAUCGCUUGCCGAUGAGUCCAGUAUCGAGUUGUUUAAGAACGACCUCGCCGCUCAUGCCCAUUCGUUUGGAGCUCUAGAGCAGGUGAGCCGGGAACGUUGUGUCGUGAUGCUGCAGUUCACCUCUCCUUGCGCCGCGGAGAUCUUUGCGGCAUGGGCUUCUUCGCUCACCCUGAAGGACUUUUUUUCUGCGCCCGAUCCCUCAGAGCAAGCCAGCUCCCACUGCCGGCUGCUGGUACGUCUCAUUUCCCAUGAUGCCGGCAUGAUUACCUCGACACUCGAGUUGGGAAGCAACAUUGUGCUUUCUACCCCAUUUGUGGAGAGUCUGUUCAAGGGUGUCUUCGACGCCGUGAGCGUCACCUAUCAUGAGGGUUUAUUCCUGGUUGCCUUUGCGUCGGUCCUUGCGGCAAAGACUGUCCUUCACUCCCUGCAGAGGUCACUCCUAGAGGUGUUCGGGCUGUCGCUGACCUUCUCGGAGCAUCUCGCUGGGCAUUGUGAAACACGUCUUCUUACGGAGCGGUCGGGCAGGGAGAGCUCCUCGUGA